AUGGCAGGCCAAAGCCAGAGAUUGAAUGUUGUUCCAACAGUUACAAUGCUUGCAGUUGUGAAAGCUCGGCUCACUGGUGCAACAAGAGGCCAUGCUCUUUUAAAGAAGAAAAGUGAUGCUUUAACUGUUCAAUUUCGCCAAAUUCUCAAGAAAAUUGUGAACACAAAGGAAUCAAUGGGAACAGUUAUGAAAUCUUCUUCAUUUGCAUUAACUGAAGCAAAAUAUGUUGCUGGAGAAAACAUCAAACACAUUGUCCUAGAAAAUGUCCAAACUGCCACUGUUAGGGUUCGUUCACGCCAAGAGAAUGUUGCAGGUGUUAAGUUACCAAAAUUUGAGUAUUUCACAGAAGGUGAAAUGACCAAAAACGACCUCACUGGACUUGCAAGAGGAGGACAACAGAUACAAGGAUCACGUGUUGCUUAUCUGAAAGCCAUUGAAGUUCUUGUUGAGCUUGCAUCUCUUCAAACAUCAUUUCUGACCCUUGAUGUGGCAAUCAAGACCACAAAUCGUAGGGUUAAUGCUUUGGAGAAUGUUGUGAAGCCAAGAUUGGAGAACACUGUGACUUAUAUUAAAGGAGAGUUGGAUGAACUCGAAAGGGAAGAUUUUUUUAGACUAAAGAAGAUUCAAGGGUAUAAAAAGAGAGAGGUUGAAAAGAAAGAAGAAGCUGCUAAAAAGAUUGUUGUUUCUUCAAGGAGAGGAGGGACACUUUCAUCAGCUAGUAGUUGGUCUAAAAGGAAAGAUGAAGACAUCAUUUUUUGA